AUGCGCUCCCAAAUCCGCCUCCUCCUGGCGCUGCUCUGCGCGGCCCCCGCGGCUCCGGCGCCUCCUCCCUGGGAGCCGGCGUGGAGCGAUCCCAAUCCCUGGGUGUGGGGGGACGAGCAGCCGCAUUCCCGGUCCCAUUCCCGGCCCCAGAUGCCGGUGGAAGUGCAGUGCCAGGAGGCGCAGCUGGUGGUGACCGUGCACCGGGAUCUGUUCGGCACCGGCCGCUUGGUCAGCGCGGCCGAGCUCAGCCUGGGCCCCGCCGCCUGCAAACAUUCCCGCCUGGAUCCAUCCCAAAAAACCGUCACCUUCAGCGCCGGCCUGCACGAGUGCGGCAGCACCGUCCAGGUCACUCCGGAUUCCCUGAUUUACCGGACGCUGCUGAGCUACGAUCCCAGCCCCGGCAGCAACCCGGCCAUCGUGCGCAGCGACCCGGCCGUCAUUCCCAUCGAGUGCCACUAUCCCAGGCGGGAUAACGUCUCCAGCGGCUCCAUCCGUCCCACCUGGGCUCCCUUCAACUCCGCGCUGGCCUCCCAGGAGAAGCUCCUGUUCUCCCUGCGCCUCAUGAACGAGGACUGGAGCUCGGAGCGGGAUCUCUCGGCGUUCCGCCUGGGGGACGUGCUGAACAUCCAGGCCGAGGUGGGCGCCCACAGCCACGUCCCGCUGCGCCUCUUCGUCGACUCCUGCGUGGCCACCCUGGGCCCCGGCGCGGGCAGCGAGCCCCACUACGCCAUCAUCGACUUCAACGGCUGCCUGGUGGACGGGCGCUCCGAUGCCACCAGCUCGGCCUUUGUCACCCCCCGGCCGCGGCAGGACGUGCUGCGCUUCCAGAUCGACGCCUUCCGCUUUGCCGGUGACUCCCGCAGCCUGAUCUACAUCACGUGUCACCUGAAGGUGACACCGGCCGAGCAGAGCCCGGACGCGCUGAACAAGGCCUGCUCCUUCAGCAAGGCGCGCAACACCUGGGCGCCCGUGGAGGGGACAAGGGACAUCUGCAGCUGCUGCGAGCGGGGCAACUGCGGCCAGCGCGGCCCGCGGCCAGUGGAGCCCUGGAACGGCCACCGCUACCGGAGACACGACGGGGACGGUGCCACCUCCGAAGCUGACGUUGUCAUUGGUCCCGUGCUGCUCUCGAGUGCCCAGCGUGGCCAGCGCCCCGAGGGCCACCAGGGCGCGGUGACACCGCUGGCCGUGGGGACAGCGCUGGCCUGCGCGGUGGCCGGUGUGGCCGUGGCCGGAGCUGCGCUGGCCAUCGGCCUCAGGCGCCGGAAUUCCCCAUGA